GAGCUAGGAGCGCUAGCACCCGCAUUUUGCAACUGUUAAGCCUGCAUCAUCCGUCGUCCGCCGGCAGGAGCUUUCACUCUGCCCCUCGGCUCGUCCCCCGUGCGUAGCUUCAAAACAUGGCGGCCCUCAAAGCUUUGUGCAGAGUUGAGAAUUUAUUCUUCAAAAACCUCUCAGGUCCCCGCAGAACCAAAUUAAGCUUCGCUAACUACCAGUUGAGCAAGACCUGUGGCUGUCACUUUUCCACCUCCAGCCAGAGAAGUUCACAGUUCUACUCAGAUCCUACAGAGGCGGUAAAAGAUAUCCCUAAUGGAGCUACCAUUCUGGUGGGAGGCUUUGGAUUAUGUGGUAUCCCAGAGAAUCUUAUCAACAGUUUACUGAAGACCGGUGUUAAGGGUCUCACUGCAGUCAGCAACAAUGCAGGAGUGGAUAACUUUGGCCUGGGCCUGCUGCUCCACUCUAAGCAGAUCAAGAGGAUGAUUUCCUCAUAUGUUGGAGAGAAUGCAGAGUUUGAGCGACAGUAUUUGACCGGGGAGUUGGAAGUGGAACUAACACCACAGGGCACUCUUGCCGAGAGGAUCAGGGCGGGGGGUGCUGGGAUUCCAGCCUUCUUCACAGCCACUGGCUAUGGCACACUGAUCCAAGAGGGAGGCUCUCCCAUCAAGUACAACAAAGAUGGCAGCAUUGCCAUUGCCAGUGAGAAGAGAGAGGUGCAGGAGUUCAAUGGCAGGCACUACAUCAUGGAAAAGGCCAUCACUGGAGACUUUGCAUUGAUCAAGGCUUGGAAGGCUGACAAGGCUGGGAACAUCAUUUUCAGGAAAACAGCCAGGAACUUCAAUCAGCCCAUGUGCAAGGCAGCCAAAACCACCAUAGUUGAGGUAGAGGAGGUGGUGGAUGUUGGGACCUUUGCUGAAGAGGACAUCCACAUACCCAGCAUCUAUGUCCACAGGGUUGUCCAGGGAGCCAGCUACGAGAAAAGGAUUGAGAAACGCACAAUAAGGAAAAGCCAAGAACAGAAGCCCAAACCAAAGAAGGACUCAGAUAUUGUUCGGGAAAGGAUCAUUCGCCGGGCUGCUCUGGAGUUUGAAGAUGGGAUGUAUGCUAACCUUGGUAUUGGAAUCCCCAUGUUGGCCAGCAACUUUAUAAAACCAGACAUCACUGUACACCUUCAAAGUGAAAAUGGAAUUUUGGGACUGGGCCCGUACCCCACUGAAGAUGCAGUCGAUGCAGACCUUAUUAACGCUGGAAAGGAGACUGUCACAGUGCUUCCUGGGGCUUCCUAUUUCUCCAGUGAUGAGUCAUUUGCCAUGAUCCGAGGAGGUCACAUCAACCUGACAAUGCUGGGAGCCAUGCAGGUGUCAAAACAUGGAGACCUAGCCAACUGGAUGAUCCCUGGUAAGAUGGUGAAAGGAAUGGGGGGAGCCAUGGAUUUGGUGGCUAGCGCUGGAACCAAGGUGGUGGUCACCAUGGAGCACUCAGCUAAGGGAGGAAAACACAAGAUAUUGGACAAAUGCAGCCUGCCUUUGACAGGGAAACAUUGUGUGGAUCGUAUCAUCACAGAAAAGGCUGUGUUCGAUGUAGAUACGACAAAAGGCCUGACUCUGAUAGAAGUAUGGGAGGGGCUCACCCCUGAGGAUAUCAAGGCAUGCACGGGCACAGAUUUUGAGGUGUCUCCCAGCCUGAGGGCCAUGCAGCAAAUCUAGAGGAGCUAGCAAAGGAUCUGAGAUGUGUUUUUGGUUUGUUUCACUUCAUUUCACUACAAUAAACGGUUGGGGAUUUAGAAGCCUGAGAUGGGUCAACUAAGCUUAUAAACAACAAAUCAUUUCAAAAGGAUUUAGUUCUCACUAAUAGUAACUGAAUGGGAUUCAUGGGAGCCAACAUGCAUGGUUUCUUUAUCGUGAUCUGAUCUGACAAAGGAUCAGGGAACAUUACAUUGUUGCGUAUUAUACCAUUUCAGUUAUUAAUUUUUACUGAUGUUUGUGUAGCUAUUACCAAAUAAGCCAUCUGAUAUUACAUUAAAAACUGGGAUUAUUCAUUAUGUGGUCUCUGGGUAAAAUGUAACUUUACCGGUACUGUGAACAAAAAAUAUGCUAUAUUUAAUACUUUAAUUCUUGAAUCUUAUAUACUCCAAGAUCAAUAAGUUACUAUAACAUGAUAGACAGAGCUGAAAUGUAAUGAGUUUAGAAAACAAAUGUGUGUUGUAGAUUCAGCAGGAGGGAGUAUGUAUGUAGUUGUUUAAACCUGUGUUGCAGCAAAUAACAAAAAAAAAAAAUCCUUAAAAUAUGCUUCCAAUGCAAGAUAUCUUUUCUCCAUUUAGAAAAUGAAGUAUACACCUUUCAGCCACAACAUUAAAACCGGUAACUGGUUUGUGUUUGUGUUUUAAAGGUGUGAUAACCACCUCUGCCACAAUGACAAACUGAUGAACUAUGCCAUACAUUUCAGCCAGAAGUGACAAAGCCUUAACAUUUUUAACUGAGACAUUUGCUAUUACCCUGCCUUUGUACUGUAUAUAAAAUAAAAUACAACCUUGUGUGCUGAGUGGAA